AAAACAGGGUGAGGACAGACAGAAAUUCACUAACAUCAGUCGAGCUCAGGAGACAAUCAAGAUUUGAAGAUGAGCAUCCAAAAACAACAGAUGAAGUUGCUGCUAUUCAUCCUCUCACUGAUGGCAGGUUGUGAGCGGAUGUCAGAAGCAGCACCCUGCGAAGGAGAGUGGGUUAAAUUCAUCUUCAAUCAAAAAACAAAUGGAAGAUUUCAAAUGGAAAAAGUUGUUAAUCUUCCUCAAAAAAACAAAAUAAACCCUGGCAAGUUGAUCGUCAAGGAGCUUAAUAAUGCCGACAGCAACGGAAAACAAUCCAAAGACACAGAAUUUGAAGUUGAUAAAGAUGGGUGCCCCAAACCAUUUUAUCAAACUGCAUACAGAAAUAAUAACACCACCAUCACCUGUGAUUCUCCUGAUGGAAAAUACAAGCCCGCUUUUUUCUGCAAAGAGGAUAACUCCACUUGUCAGAACGUUUUACCAAAAAGCCCUUCUCCACAGCCAAACUGGAGAAUCAUGUCAACAAACACCAGCAGCAGCAUUUCCAUCAGUCAUGUGUCCUCACAGGAUGCUGGAGUCUACUGGUGUGGAGUGAAAUCAGGUGACAAAGAGUUUUUACUUCAACAAAUACAUCUAGAGGUUAAAGAUGGCUUAGAGGUUAUCAUCAGUGUUACUGUGUCUGUAGCUGUGCUCCUGCUGUUUCUGAUAGCACUGAUCCUCAUCUACAAACGAAAUGGUGCAGCAGGACGUCAUGUCAAAGAGGACUGUAUCUGUGAGGAGAGACAGGAGAACCUCCAGAACCCAGAAAAUGCAGUGAACUCGAUUUCCAUCAGUGCCAAUAAUCCCAUAAACCACACUGCCUCGCCACAUUACGCUGCCAUCAACAUUCAAGUGAGGUCUGAAAAAGCUGGCAGUGUGAUACUCCAACCCAGCUCCUCUGCCUGUGAGUAUUCUGCUGUGAAGUUCAGCAAGUGUCCAGACGACCUGACCGUGACCGAACCACACAGACUGGUGAAGUAGAUCCUCCACUUAUCAGGCAAAAUGAAAAUGAAAAAAAGAUCAGCUCUGUGAGGAACAUGUUUGUUGUAAAAUUGUUAAAAAUUAGCAAGGAAUCAUGUGAUUACUUUGGGUUUCGGGAUUUAAACCAAGCUAUUUAGAUGAAAGUCUCACAUUUUUGUGACAGUAUUCGUCUGUUUGGGGGUCUUAGACUUCUGCCAGAUUAUCUACCAGUUCACAUCAGCAGUGAAAUGCAUUGUGUCUCAAUGGACCUGAGAUAAUGUGUUAUACCAUGCUGUGGUAUGAUGCACAGAGUUGAACACAGUUCAUUCAGCCCAAUGCAGAGUUUAAACCAGUUCAGAGCACAGUUAGUGAAGAUGAAUUUAAGCUGAUACUAAAAUGGAAAUGAGGCACACUGGGAAAUUUCGUCAAAUUAAAGUCUGCUCUUCAAUCACAUCUUAAUUGUUGUUAUAUUUACAGCUGAAUGUGAUGGUUUACAGAGACAAAAGUACAAAAAACGUGAUGCACAAAUACUUAUGAAGCUAACUGUGUCACCACAUGGACAGGUCGAUCCACCGUUCUCUACCAGUCAGAACAGUGGGCGGUCACUCAGGGAGUGAACUGGUCAGCAAUCCCACAUAACAUGAAAACAAUCAAAAGUGAUGUUGUGAGUUUGACACACAAACCAGCUUUUCAGGAUUGAGAUCAUCAGCAGUUGCACCAGUUUGUUUUUACAGUGCUGUUAAUGAUGUAAAGUUGGGAAAUAAAUACAGACUGUGGGGGAUGUGUCAUUAUUAUCUUUUUGUCAUCAAUUGCAUCAUUUCUCUGUGGAAGUCAGAGUUUCAGGCUGCAUGUGAGAACUGUGUAGACUCAACUGAUUCUCCUCGCAAUAAUAGAAUUUUAUAUGAAAGUACUAAAUGUCUAUUUCUGUCACACUGUGCCACACACUUCCUGUUAUUUAUACUUAAACCACUUAUUUCCUCUUUAUCAGCAAGAAGCAAUAAGGUUGGUGAGAAAAUAAACUUAAAAGGGAAGGACAGAGAGAGACGAGGGAACAAAGUUUUAGGUCAGAGAAGAGAAACGAUCAAGAAACAACACUGGACGCCAAACACCCGAGAGACAAACAGCCAAAGGCAAACUAGUCUGACCGACCAUUCUAAGUACUAAGACACAUUUUAACCCUAAAUGUAGACAACAAUUAGUUUCGUAUACUUGAUGAUAUAUAGUUUGUUAUGAGGAGGCAGUGCUAACCACUGUGACCACACUCUGACACACACUCGUACAUCCACACUCAAGAUGAAAUCUCAAACCAAAUAAGGGAAACGAUCAAACCUGGUGAUGGUUUUUAGUCUUUACUUUCAAAUUUUCUCCCCUGGUGGAGAAAUAUUGGAGAAAACUGUUUAUGUGCUUGAUUUGUCUGUAAGAGUUAAUAUGUGAGAUUAGUGUCAUCCUGGUUUGACAAACAGCAGAUCGAGUUGUGUUUAUUUCUUCCAGCUGUUUGUGUAUUAAAUGUGAUUCAUAAUUCA